AAACGUCCCAUGAAUUUGGUGAAACAGAGGCGUGGUUAAAGAAAAGGAAGAGGCUCCCCCUUCUGCUGAGUCAUGUUUCGCGGCGACUCUUCCUCAUCUCGUCCUCUCACUCAAACACGCCGUCCAACGGUCGUGCAACUGCUUUCACUCAACGCUCCUUGAUUUGUUGCAAAUGCAGCAGUUUGCUGAUGCGAAGUGUCCGUCAUACACUCUGGGCCCGGUCUGUUGUCUACGAUCUUGCGGCAUUAAUUCCUGCUAAAAUAGAUUAGCGUCUGUAUCUGGGGUUCCGGGCUCCAUCAAGACUAAUGGACGCACAGCCCUCAGGAGCAAGAGCAGCGUCUUUCCCCCCGCAUUGAUUCAGUCCAUCCAGACAUUAAGAGCUUUAGUGGUUUCAGAAUAUCGCAGCCCUCCAGCCUGUAAUGCACCUGCCCCUGCUCCUCUUCCUCCAUUUGGAUUAAAUGAUGGGCAGAACUUUUAUGGGCGUGUUUAAGUGCAUUAACCAGAGCCAAACUAAACGUGGGUUCACUGGAGUGAAAGUGGGGGAGGGUGUCGGAUUUUUUUUGUACCAUUUUGUGGCUUUUCAGGUCUGAGUAAACUCCCAGAAUUCCUCAGUUCACCCUCUGUUCAUCCAUCCACUAAUCUUCUUGGUUCCUCCUUCCUGGCGUUAGACUUUAUCCUUUAUCUCCCUAACCUGCUGCACAUCUCUGUGUUUAUAAUAGUGUUCCUCCAUUCAACUCUGUGAUCUAUCAAUGACGAUGUUUGUUGUUGUUGUUGUUUUUUUUGUCCCAGGUGACAGUUGAGACCAGCUGCCAAGUUCUGUCCUCUCAGUACUUAAGAGUAGAACCAUGAACUCUUGAUGAUGUCAUCAUGAAUGAUGCUCCGCCCCUCUGUCACGGUCGGUGAGCAGCUGGCAGCAGCUUAUGGUUAUUAUCACUAUGUCUCUUAUCACGUGGACAUUGUUGUGGUAAAUGUCAAACAAAGAUAGCAUCAUAUAGAAUGGAACAGUCGCCCCAACCCCCCGACCCCGCUGACCCCCCAGGACUGUGACCCACAAAUGGACCGACAGAGAAAAAUCUGAUUUUACGCUGACGAUAACGUCUCUUCACUUGCUUUAUGUCUAUUUUUUUAAAUUUAGAUUUUUAUAUUUCAAAACUGUCAAAUUUGCUGGUUGUUUCUAUAAAUAUAAAUAUAUGUUCUAAUGCAAACUAUGGCCCGAGGGCUAGGAUAUGGCCCGCUGUUUGAUAAAGAGUCAUGUCUGUGGAGAGGGCAGUAAACAGGGCAGUGGAGUGUCAACUGCAACACAUGAGCUUGUUGGACCACUGGACACACACACACACACUCACACACUUCUAGAGUUUUCUGUGUGUGAGGACCGAGGUCAGGUCGCCUGUGGGAGGAAAUAUGAUCCUGAAGGGUGGGGCUGCCUGUGGAUCCUCCCUCACUCUCUCGUCUACGAGUGCCUGUCAUGUUUCUCAUAUGCAGCCUUGUCCGCCGCGCUCUGUGUGUGUGUGGAUUAGCAGCGACUGCUGCUGCGUUUGAACUCCUCAGUCGUGUGGAGGAGGUGACGUCUGACAGGCUGCUGACUCCGUGACAUCACGGCUCCGUUGAGGUAGUGGGGAGUCGAAACAACGUCAGACUUAAACUGAACUGAAGUUUUGAUGAUAUCUGAGGAAGUUGGACGAGAACUCCUGGGGACACGUCCACCGUGGGAACCCGGGACCUGAAGACCGUCUUCCUGCACUUUGUCUGUGUCACUGUCCUCAGUUUUCUUUCUUAAGAUUAACUGUUGUGGAGAAAUUAUUCUGCUCUCCUUUAUUUUUCUUCGCAGCAAUUUACAGGAGAGACCUAACGGCACCUCCUCCUCAUCCUCCUCUUCCUCCAGGAAGGAGCAUGAACUGAUGGUUUACUGCUGUUUUUUUUUUCAAGACGAAAGCAUCUGAACAUCAUUGUUGACGACACCAUGAAGUGGGAGAAGUUAAAACCUCCAGAACCUGACGACCCCAUGUGCUGCUGUGAAUGUGACGCCUUCCAGUAUGGAUGCUGCUGUAACUGUGAGGACCUGGACGAAGCUGUCACCAGGUGGCUGAAAGACAAACCAUGUAAGGCUGAAGUUCAGUCUCCAGUCCUGGGAGCUGUCAUUGAAAACCUGGAAGUCUCUCUGAUCCCGGCUCUGGUUCUGCUGCCUCUUCUCCUGCGGGUGGCGUCACUGCACUACCUGCUGGGAGUCCUGGUCCUGACGGCGCUGCCCGUCCUGGUCCUCUGGUACUACUACGCCACGCACAGGAAGAAGAGACGCACCCUCUUCUUCCUCACCCUGGCGCUGUACUCUCUGGCCUACAUGUACUAUCUCUUCGUCACGGAGAUUCUUCCUCGUGGAGACGUCGGCCAGCUGCAGCUCUUCGCUGUGACCGCCGGGAUGGUUCUUACCAUCGCCUCGCUCAUACGCACCAAGCGAGGACCUGGGUUUGUGACCCGUUCUACAGCGGAGGUCCACGGUCCAGGGACGCCGACGGCAGGAGAGCGGCAGAGACCAAACGCUGCCGAGUGGACCACGUGCUCCGUGUGCAGAGUAACGAGGCCUCCUCGAGCGGGACACUGUCGGACCUGUGGCUGCUGCGUGCAGCGUCUGGACCACCACUGUGUCUGGAUCAACAGCUGUGUUGGUCAGGCCAACCACCGCAGCUUCCUGUUGACCCUCACGGUGUUUGUGCUGACGUCCGUGUACGGGAUCCGACUGGUUCUGCGCAGCCUGUGUCCUGAGCAGAGCGCGGCGACGGCUCUGUUCUACUGCCCCGGGGUCUACACUCAGUCCAACACCGCCCUUUGCUUCACCUGUGCCUGGUACAGCAGCAUCGUCACAGCUGGACUCUUCUACCUGUGGGUGGCGCAGGUCGUGAACAUCAGCCUUAACGUGACGGAGCGCGAGGCCCAGCUGGCUCUGAGGAACAGGACGGGCCGCGGCCGUCUGUGGGGGGUGCUCACCGACACGGGGGAACACUCACGGGGCUUCUGUCACAACUGGGUGGAGUUCCUCACCAUGACAGACGGAGGAACGCCGGCUCAGAGCAGCGACACUGACGUGGUUUAGUUUUAGUUCUAAACCCUAACCCUCGCUUUCUGUCAGCGAUGAAC